GACGCGUGACCGCUGAUUGGCUGAGACCACAAUCAGGAAGUAGUGUAACGUUACAUUUAAACAUGCAAACAAACUGUUCGUAGCGAAAGCGGACUCUGUGUUGCAGUUCUGAGAUGACGGUGAAGAGCAGUCGUGCAGCGCGUCUGCAAUAAAAACACUUAAUUUGUUCAGUGUUUUAACAUGUUUGUUGCUCUCUGUCCGACUGUGGUGUGUUUACUCCAUCAUGAUGUCUGCAGCAGUGUCUCUCAUCAGUAUGUCUCAUUGGGAGUGUGGGAAAAGGAGGAUACGGUUCUUGUAUCUUACAAAAAACAACUCGUUUAGUGUUGCUAAACCGAGCACAAAUGAGGAUGAGAUGAUCCCUCUCUUUCUCGGAGCUGAUCUGUUUUCAGACACAGACGUUCGCAGUGAAAACCAGCCCAGAUAUCAUGCCAAAUUUGCUAAACGAGGAUUGGCAACUAAGCUGGUUUUCCCAUCAGACUGCAGAUUCCAAGGGCUGCGUCUUCCUCGCUCCAGCAACAGUCUGUGGUUCUACAGCGUUCACGGAGUUUUUCGAGUAGCGUUUGAACUGUAUGGCAAACAAGAUCAGCUCUCAAUUAUGGAGUCAUUUCAGGAUCUGUGGAAAUCUCGAAUAAAUGACAACAACUUGAGCAUGACCUAUCAUCUCGGUGCCCAGGACGUUCAACCCCCAAAUAAUCAAGAGGCGCGAACAGUUUUGGAAAAUAACAAUACAUGUUCAUCAUACCAAGUUCAUCGGGACUCUAACGAAGGAGAAACAAACUUCUUUCCAAUAAGCACAGAUCAGUCAGAUAUCUCAUCAUCUUCAGACCAUGACUACUGCUCCUCAGAGCAAACAAACUUAAGCCCGUCUGCUUCACUUGCGCAGAAACUUCACAGCCUAGGAGAGAAAGUGAAGGUAUUAACGAAUAUCGAAGCAGAACACUUAAAGACUGCCACAAAGAUCCUGGACUAUGUUGAGUGCUGUAUUACUGGGAUGAUUGAUGAGGAAAGACUGAUGGAAACUGUGAUGGCGCUGUUUCAAACUCAUUUUCAGAGCUACUCCGUCUACUCGAGCAGUCUGCUGAAGGCUGUGGCAGGUUGGCUCGGCCAGCAGUUCAAUGCAGCCAACGGCACCAUCAGCCACCGCGUGGAAGGCUUUAAGGCUCAACACAUCGAGCACAUUACGAACCUGCCGCCUCCAGAGGAGCUGGCAACUGAACUUUUCCCAGAGGCGAUGCGAAAUCUUCUCGCGCACUGGAUGGGUCUCAGUGACGAGGCAGAGAACUGGAAAAGACACAGCGAAUACCCCAUUUUAUUGCUUAUCCUAGAGUUUGCCAAUCACAAUCUCAUCACAGGAGUGGCCCAUGUACUGUAUUCUAGUCUAAUAUGCAAAUAAGCGUACUUUGAUGAAGGUUAUACAGAGAGGUGGACAGUAGUGAAGUAUUUUUAUUUUUCUUUAAAAGUACUUUUCAAGUGUCUGUAUUUAAUCAAAGUGUUUUUCUUUACUUCACAGAAGGGUCUUAUCUAGCGAAACAAUCAGUUAUUUUCAUUCUAAAAAAUACAAUUUAAAUACUUUUUAUUCUCAAAUGCUCGUCUUGUCUUGCUCUCCCUGAGCUCUGUGUAUUCUGACUCAAGGCAGUUAGGGUAUGUCGAAAAACUUCAUAUUUUCAUAUUUUCUCCCUCAACUUCAAAAAUCAUUUCAAAAUCAUCCUACAUCACUGCAGAAGUACCGACACAGUCUUUACAAAGUGAACAUGUGAAGAAGAUCAAACACCCUUAACAAAAGGGAGAGGGAAAACAUGAGAUGGGAGUUUUUUGACAUACCCUAACUUUCCAGGCAGAGUAAGACAAGACGAGACAUUACAAAGUAUAUAAAUUGUAUUAUUUUUAUGAAAAUAACCGAUCAUUUUGACCCUUCUUCCUCAGCUGGGAUCGUUUACAACCGCAUUUGUGAUCGUUGAAGCUGCAUUUAAACUGACUUUUGGAAGUUCGAAAUCGGGUUGACAUUAUCCGUAAAUUGUUUUUCUGGAAGUGGACUUCUCCUUUAAGUCCUCUUUAAAAGAAUGAAACCCAGACCCCUUUAAGUGGACCAAGUGAAAAGGACCCAGUUUUCUUUAUGUUCACACUGUCGCUGUUCCUGAAAGAGGACUUGGAUCCUUUUUUGUCCCACUUAAGCAGUAAUGGUGUCUCAGACCUCUUUGUUCUCUUUGACUGUUGCUUUUUGGAUCUAGUCCAGUUUAGUGUUUGAUGACUGACAUUAUGGCCUCCAAAAUUUUAAUUUUUUACUUUUUUUUUUUUUUUUUUUUUUUUUUUUUUUUUUACAUCUUUUGCACAAAAAAAUAUAAGUUUUGUACACCUUUGUAAUAUUUAAUCUGAAUUGUUUUCCCUGUUUAUUUUAUAGCACACCUGACUUUAAAACCUGCAGUGCUCAUGUUUAUUCAAUUAAAUCAUAGCCUUUUUCAUUUUAAUAAUCACAUUAUGCUGUAUGGCAGUACUUGUCUUUUGGUCCCCACUGCACUUUUUAUGGCCUUAAAAUUGGUGCAGUUAAAUUUAAGUCUUUACAAAGACCUGUGGAAAAAAGCAUUGAUGGCUUUGGGGUAGGAAAAAAAAUAAAAUGGACAAAUAAAAUAAAACAUAAUAAACUACUUUAAUUUUUUUUCAGGUACAGUAUAGGUAUCCUUAAAAGCAACAUUUAAGUAAGAAAUAUAAUAAUCAAAUGAAAAAAAUGAAAAUGCAUAUUAUUAACCCGUAUAAAUAACAUGGAUUCUACUAAUUCUCAUAUUAGGCUGCUGUACUAGAACUACAGUAAUGCACAGAUCAGUAUAUUGAUACACAUGUGAUUUCUUUCCCAGAUGUGUACAUUCGAUUGAGACAAACCAACUGUGUAUAUGUCAACCAUGGGUGCUUUUGACAGUUUAAACACAAUAUAUGCUAAAGAGAGUGUAGUUUAGUGCAUACUCAUAAAAUAUCAGAAAGCUUAAACUAACAAGGCACAUAGCCACAUCACUCUUACACAGUCUGAAAGCGGUUAAAAUUAAAAUAAACGCGUGUACCUUGCGAGCGAAAAAUUUGUAGCAAUCUGCCAGAAAAAGCAUUCAUUAUAAACAGCUGAUUUGUACAAAGACAUCUGAUGACCAUGAUCUAAGAGAUGGGGCAGCUUAUUGUACACUUUCUCCUCAACACAACAUCAACAGUGGUGAGAGUAUCUACGGUAGAAGGGUUUAUACACACCAAGUGUGUACUUGUGCUCUUUUAGCGAGACGUGGCAAUUAAUUUGGCGGGUGACUCUCACAGUGCAUUAUGGGUAUUCCCUAGCCUUAGGGGCCGUUCACACAGAACGCGUUUUUCCAUUCCAAUGUGUGUUUUUUGCAGGGCCUCUCACGAGCGCCGCGUUUUUAAGACGACGUGUCAAGUUAAAAGAAUUUCAACUUUUACACGCAGCCAGUCAGUUCCAAAGCAGUGGACCAAUCAGAAGAACUCGGAGGCGGGGCAAACAUUGCCAGCUGCUGUUUACAGUAGCAAGUUGUAGGGGUGUAAGAAAAUAUCGAUACACAUGUAUAUCGCGAUAUUUUGUUUGGCGAUUGUGUUUAGAUUCUCAAGAACGGAAUAUCGAUAUUAAAAAAAAAUAAAUAAAUCAUACAAGAUUCAUGACAGUUGCUUCAUUUUGAGCGUAUAUCCUGACCGC